ACUUUCGUUCGAAAUAUUUUUUUUUUAUUAUUUUUUAACUGUCAUUUCUGAUAAAAUUAGAAGUAGAAACAUUUUAAGAAAUAUUUUGCCGAUCAUCAGCUUAUAUACUCAAGUUAUGGCUUUUAAUAAAUUUCUGCGAUUAGCUAAUGGACCGGAUAUGCCAGCUUUCGGCUUCAGAACUUUUCAGAUCAAAGGAGACGAUGUUAGUGUGGCCUUAAACGAUGCAAUUGAAGCAGGAUAUCGGCUCAUCGAAACAUCGCCUUCCUAUAAUAAUCAAGGUGAUGUUGGAGAUGUGCUGGCUGCUUGGUUGAAUGCAAAUAGAAUUAAACGAGAUGAAUUGUUCAUUGUAACCAAUUUGCCUGUUUCAAACAAUAGACCACAGGAAGUAGAAGACAUACUCAGGGACUCCUUACGCUUACUCAAACUCGAUUAUGUUGAUCUAUAUUUGGUGGAAGCGCCUUUUGCCGUUAAAAUGGAAAAUCCAGAAACUUUUAAGCGAGACAGUGUCGGCAAUGCCGUUUUAGAUUCCAACACUGAUCAUAUAGGCGUUUGGGAGGUUAUGGAAGAAAUGCUCAGUAUGGGCUUGACUAAAUCUAUUGGCUUGGGUAACUUUAAUAUCGAACAAAUAGAGAAUAUUGUGAGAACCAGGAAGAUUAUACCACAUGUCUUGCAGAUCGAAUAUCACGUUUACCUGCAACAGCCGGAACUUAUAAAUUUCUGCAGAUCAAUAAACAUCACUUUGUUAACUUACGCCGCUUUAGGCGCCUUAAAUGUCAUAUCCGAAAAACAAAGGUCUUCGGUCAAAGCAAAAGAUGAUGCAGUACGUAUUUUAGAUUUGCCGGAAAUACGCGAAAUAGCAGCGGCACACAAGAAAUCACCAGCUCAGGUGGCAUUUCGUUGGAUAAUUGAUAAGAAAAUGGCAUUGACUGUAAAGAGUGCAAAUACUGAAAGGAUUAAAGCGAAUAUUGACAUUUUUGACUUUUCCCUCACCAAAGAAGAGAUUGAGAAACUUAAUGCGCUGGAUAAGAAUAUCCGUUAUAUGGACUUUUCUCAAUACAAAGGUGUAAUGUUCAGCUUCUGGGCAAUCGAAAGAGUAAUCGUUGGUGGUCAGACUUGACAAGUUCCACUAUUUUAUCGACAUUUUCGACAACUGGCUGUCAAACUGUGGAGCAUCAUCACAUCACUUCAAAUUUACCGGAACGAAUUCGAUGAAACAAAAAUUGUGCUUGAUUGGCUGCUACAGUAUCAGGACCAUAAUCGCCUGAGUCGAAGAAAAAUUGUCGAAUAUAGCGUAAUUUAUCU